UGAAAUUUCUACACUACUAUAUCCAGGGGGGCAAAACUCAUCUGAAAUCAAUGUAGUAAAAUUCAAAAUUGUCUGGAAAUCGAAACCGACAGACAGACCAUGACCCAGAUAGACAAUACUUUUAUCAAGUUGCGAGCCAGAUUACGAGAGCGGGAUAUAAAGUUGUGGGAGGAGCCGUAUUACCUCGACGGAGUGGGCAGCAUCGAGUCAGAGAUGGAUCGUUUAGCGGGCGACUUGAGCGGAGACCUGGGAAUAAGUGUGUCCAACUGCCGGUGUGCCCUGACAGAAAUGCAGGACAGCGCUCUGAGGAAAUUGGCAGCACGCAAGGAGUUCACCGAGACUGGCCUUGCUACCUUCAAUGUGAAAUGUGUGGACAGCAAGGGCGGCACUGCGCAAAUGAUAGAGGUUAAGUGCUCUUUGGGGGCCCCGGGAUCGGAGCUGCAAAAUGAGGUGGCCAAGAAGAUGGGAUUGCCGGAUCCCAGCCAUGUAAAGUGCAUUUCGGCAGGUCGCAUCAUCGAUGGACAGCGAACUCUGGCCGCGCAGGGUGUGAAGAACAGCCAGCAACUCAUGGUGGUGGUGGGCAGCCAAGUGCUAGGCCAGGAACUGCACGAACGUAUUCAGCGGAUAAGAGCGGAUGUGGAGGUAAUUGUGGAUGCCGAUCACCGGUUCAUGCAAAUGGAGGAUCAGAACGGACGUCAGAUUUUCCUGCCGCCAGACGAGAAUCGAGCCCUACUAAUGGCCAUGAGCAUGUACGAGAAGGGCAGAGCCGCUAUUCAAAGGGAACAGUUCGAUGAAGCCUUACUCUUGCUCCUAGAAGCCGACGAAUUGUUCUCCCAAUGCAACUCAAAAUUCCUGGAAGCGGUGGACAAUUAUGCCCUGCUUAACCUGGACAUUGUGUGGUGCUAUCUUUGCCUGAAAAACAUCACCCAAUUACCAGAUGCCCAGCGCCGCCUGGAGGUCUGUGAGAAGACUUUUCGCCUCAGCUAUGGGGAGCACUUUGAUCGAUUGUACUCCAUCAAGGGAUCAAGUUGCCCGGAAAGAGCUCUUAUCAUGAGGCUGUGCCUGUUGCAAGGUGUAGUCUUCUUUCACCAGAAUCGCCGAGAUGAGGCCUACGAAAGACUGGAGGAGGCUGGCAAGGCUUUGGCCGAGUUGAAGACCUCCGACGACCACAUUUCCCUUCUAGUCGAAAUGGGUUACGAUGAAUCGGAGGCCAGGCUAGCACUGAGAUCCUGUGCCGGCAAUGUGGACAGAGCCAUCCAGUUUAUUCAGGAACGCAGGGAGAAGAUAAGCGAGGAGCGGAGUAACUCGGCGCGUGUGAGUCAACUUAACCAGGAGCUGAAAGAAGGUAACUCGAAUCGAGGGUGGGUAGAUCCUAGGGGUGUUUCUAGGCUAAUGGAAAUGGGCUAUGAGCGGCGACUGGUGGUGGAAGCCCUGAAGAGAACCAAGAAUAACAUAGAUCGCAGUCUGGAUCUACUGCAGAACCACUCCGAAGAGCUAAGAGCCAAUCUGCCGUCAACUCUUGCCGUCGAUGAAUCGUUACUCUCCACCCUCUUGCAACUUGGAUUUCAGUCCACAUCUGCUCGAGUUGCUUUGGAAACCACAGACAACGAGUUUUCCAAGGCAGUGGAGUUUCUGUUAAAAAGCUUUGCUAGCAAAACAGAAUUACUGGGUGUGAUCCGAACUAUGACAAAAAUACUGGAGGAGCAUGCCCCCUCAGGAUCAAAUAGGACAACCAACAACAACAACAAUGACCCCUCUCCGUUUGCCAACCUGUCCGACAGUAAGUUAACCCUCAUCCGAACGGCUCUUAGUCAGGCCAAAUCGGAGAUGGAAACAUAUACUGCCUUCAAGAGAUUCAACGAGGAUCUCUCCGAGAAUCAUCCCGACUAUUUGGAUCUGCCGCUGGUCCAGGAGGAGCAAAUCCUCAUAGAGUAUAGACAGUUGUUGGAGCGUUGAGGUCUGCAUUUUUCAAAUUUUAAAACUGUAAAAAAUAUUUUGAGAUUUAUCUUAAGUCUUCCAAAGUAGAACUAUGUAAAUUGGUAAUGAAAAUGUAUGCUUUAUGGUCACAUGGCGGACUCGAAAAUAAAGGGUCAUAUUUUUAUUAAA